AUGAUUGGGGCCCAUUGCCUCGUCGAACCGAACCCAGGAAGAGAUCUCGAGAGACGGUUACUCUAUUUUUCGAGCCGAAUCAAAACGAGGGCGGACAGACGGGGUUGCCCUGUACCAAUCCCGAUUGUCCUCUCUGACACAACCCCCGCGGCCUUUUGCGAUGUACUGUGGGUCCAAAUCCCGCUGCGCGGGUCCGAUUCUCUCCUUCUCGGUGUGGUCUACCGUAGCCCUUCGAGUCCCCCUGAGGAUGACCAAUUCCUCACACAAACCCUUGGGCAACUCUCCUCCAACUACCAUUUCACUCAUCUCCUGCUGGUAGGUGACUUCAACGCCCCAAAGGCCUCCUGGAUUGCACUCCAGCGCGUCGAAUCAGGCGGACCUUUUGCAGCGGCGCUGUUAGAAGUCGUUCAACAGAGCGCUUGGACCCAACAUGUCGCUGCACCCACCAGAUACCGCGCAGGCCAACAACCAUCCCUCUUGGAUUUGGUCAUCACCAACGAAAGACACUUCGUUGAUCAGGUAACAAUUAACGCUCCACUGGGACAUAGCGACCACUGUGUGCUGACCUUUGAUUUCAUCUGCUAUUGGGCCAGAAAUCCCAAACCUCAAACGCGGUUUCGAGACUUCUGCCGUGCAGACUUCUCAGGAAUGCGCAUCUUCCUUGAACAAGUCACACUGGGACCAGCUCCGGUGGAGGAACCAUAUGGGACCAUUGUCCAAAAAGUUCACGAGGCUGACGCGACGGAAAAUCCUUCGCUGGAUCAAGGCGUUCCUAUCAGACAGAUCAUUCCGAGUGAGAAUAGGGUCGACCUACUCCUCUCCAGCGCCGGUCUCCAUUGGAGUUCCUCAAGGCUCCGUCUGGAGACCACUCCUGUUUCUGAUCUACGUCAACGACCUCCAGACAUUCUUGCGAGUCCAUAUUUACUUUUUGCGUGUGACUUGAAAUCCUGGAGUUCCAAUGCCAGUGCUCUCCAAAUGGAUGUAGACGCUGCCAAGCAGUGGUCGUCGGACUGGCACCUUCCUCUGAAUGAUGAAAUUCCAAUGUACAUCAAGAAGGUUAUAAUCCAGGGGUUCCGCAGUUACCGUGACCAGACCUGUCCCGAAGAAUUCAGUUCGCACCAUAAUAUUAUCGUGGGCCGCAAUGGUUCAGGAAAAUCGAAUUUUUUUCAGGCAAUUCAAUUUGUGCUCUCCGAUGAGUACAGCCACCUUGGUAAUCAAGAGCGCCAAAAUCUUCUACAUGAGGGCACUGGACCAAGGGUUAUCUCCGCCUACGUAGAGAUCAUCUUUGAUAAUUCUGACAUGCGUAUUCCGAUCGAUAAGAAUGAAGUUUCUCUUCGACGAAUUAUUGGGAGUAAAAAAGAUCAGUACUUUUUGGAUAAGAAGAUGGUCACAAAGGCGGACGUGAUGAACAUGCUUGAAAGUGCUGGGUUUUCCAGAAGUAACCCAUAUUACAUAGUGAAACAAGGAAAGAUCACACAGUUAGCUACCGCACCAGAUAACCAACGACUGAAGCUUCUGCGAGAGGUGGCUGGUACCAGAGUUUACGACGAACGUAAGGAAGAAAGCAAACAGAUCUUCAAAGAAUCCGAAGCCAAGCGUGAACAGAUUUCGGAACUGCUGAACAGCAUAGAAGAUCGACUGCGUACUUUGGAGAAUGAAACAAAAGAAUUGAAAGAGUAUCAGCAUUGGGACCGCGAACGCCGAGCUCUGGAGUACACCAUAUACGAUCGUGAGCUGAAGGAAACCAAGAAAAAACUGGAAGAUAUCCAGUCCAAAAGAGAGCAAAGCAGUGAAAGUACCGCUGAGAUUCGCCGUGCGGCCAAAGAAUGUGCUGAUCAGAUUGAGGCAUGUUUCUUUUUUUCCCUUAGCUUUACAACAGUUUCUCGUAUCACUUCACAGCGUCUGGAACGCGAAUUACGCGAUAACCGUUUGAAAGAAGCUCAGAUGCAAGAUGAAGUUGAGCAGGUUCAGGCAUCUGUGAGUGAUGUGCUGCAACGUCGAGAGCAACUUCAGCUCACCAUAGCAGACUAUUCUGCCACACUACGUGGUGGCAAGUCAGCCCGCGAGCGAGCUGCAGAAGAGUUAGCUCGCGUCCGAGAACAGAUUCAACAAGUGGAACGCCGCCUGGCGGAGUUACGACCUCAAUACAAGAAGGCAAAACAGCACGAGGACGAGCUCGCCAACACGCUGAGUGAUGCGGAACAUCGCAGGAAGGAACUGUUUGCUAAACAGGGCCGUGUCAACCAAUUCCAGUCUCGAAGCCAGCGUGACGACUGGAUUAAAGAUCAGAUGAAAAGUCUGGCCAAGGCGAUCAAAGACAAGGAAAAUACCAUCAGCAAGCUGACUGACGAAAUAAAAAAGGAUGACGACCGGAGAGAAAAGCUUCAAAAGGAUUUGGAGGUUGCUGAAGAAAAUAUGGCAUGCGUCCGAAAGGAACUGGAGACGGUUUCUGAGGAACAACGCCGUCUUCGAAGGGAGAAAGAUGAAAUACAGACAGAUAGGCAAACAGUCUAUCGAGAAGAGACACGUAUAGCACAUGAACUGAACAACGCAAGGGAUGAGCUAGCAAGAACGGAGCAUAACCUUCGUUCAAUCACUGGAAAAGCUAUCCUGAACGGGCUUGACUCUGUCCGUAAAGUGAUCGAAAUAUUCCGUGAUCGCUUUGGACCGGAGUGUGACAUUGUUCAAGGAUAUCACGGCACGCUUAUUGAGCUCAUUGACUGUCCGGAGACGUUUUACACCAGUGUCGAAGUUACGGCUGGUUCACGUCUCUUCUAUCACGUGGUAGACAAUGACAAACAGGUUAUUCGCAUGAUCGCUGAAAUCAACAAACACAAUUUGCCGGGUGAGGUGCAUUUUUUACCGAUCAAUCGACUGUGCGUGCAAGAAGUGAAGUAUCCUGAAACGACGGAUGCAAUUCCCAUGAUAUCCCGGCUCAACUUCGAUGACAAGUUUCGAUCUGUUAUGUUGCACAUUUUUGGGAAGACGCUCAUUUGUCGAAGCAUUGAAAUCGGUACACAGAUGGCUCGCACGAAGAAUUUCGACUGCGUUACUCUUGAUGGCAAUUGCGGGUUCAUUCUGAACCAUUCGGAACAUACUCACACCAAGAUUCGGUUUGUUUUUCUUACGUUAACAGGCGACCAAGUCUCCCGUAAGGGUACGCUCACCGGUGGCUACUAUGAUAAUCGAUUGUCCCGCUUGGAGCUGCAGAAGCGCAAACAAAAGACAGAAAUGGAAAUACAAGAAACGGAAAAUGUUCGUGAGAACAAUGCAAAACGGAAGGAGCAGGUCGAUGCACAGAUCAAUCGAAUCAUUGAUGAUAUUCAAAGGAAAGACACUGUCAGAUCUAAACACGAGAUGACCUUCGAUAAACUGAAGAAGGACAUUCACAUGUGGAAGGAGGAGUUGCGGGCAAAAAAUGAAGCGAAGCCCCAAAAGGAAGGAAAAUUAUCCUCUCUUCGACAUGACUUGGACCAAAUGAAGUACACAAUGGAGUCUUACAAGGUCGAAUUGGGCACUGACCUUUUGAGUCAGCUGUCUGUACAGGAGCAACGUGAAGUCGAUCGGUUGAAUGACAAAAUACAAGAAUUAACGCGACAGGCAAAGGAGGCUUACAAAAAGCGCAUCACUUUGGAGACAGAGAAAAAUGAAAAGGAGACUCAGCUGGAGCACAAUCUAUUAAGAAAACAGGAGCAGCUGGAAGCCGAAGUUGCUGAAGCGUCUGAACAAGAUCUACAAGAGCGUUUGGCUGAGGCCGAAGAAGAACUCCGAGGAGUCGAACGUCGUAUUGAAGCUGCCCAGCGCACAGUAGAUGAGGUUGAGGCACGUUUGACGGCACUGUUGAAUGAGCAACAACAACUGGAAACGGAACGCGAGCGAAAGAAGCAGGAGGAAAAGGAGUACGCCGAACGUAUUCAAGAUGAUCAGCAGACGCUGGAAAAGAUGCAGUCAAAACAGAGCCAACUUUUAAAGAAAAAAGAAGAGAAUAUGAAGAAUAUUCGGGACCUUGGCUCACUCCCAGCGAAUGCUUUCGACAAAUUCCAGGACAAAAAUAUGAAACAGCUAUUCAAAUUGCUUGAAAAGGCGAAUCGUGAACUCAAGCAGUAUAGUCACGUGAACAAAAAGGCACUAGAUCAAUUUGUUUCACACUCCGAGGAGAAGGAAAAGCUGUUGAAGCGUAAGGAGGAAUUGGACAAGGGCUGCCAGGCUAUCAAGGACCUAAUGAAUGCACUGGAUCACCAGAAAUGUGAAGCAAUUCAGCUGUCGUUCAAGCAGGUAUCGAAAAAUUUCCAAGAUAUUUUCAAGCGUUUGGUGCCCGAAGGUCGUGCCGAACUUGUGAUGAAGAUGGGUGUUCGUGAAGGCGAGGGCAGUGACGAGGAAGAUGAUAAAAACGACACGGUCCUUCCGGAUGUGGAACGUUUCACCGGCGUAGGCAUUCGCGUCAGUUUCACCGGAGACUCAGCUGAUAUGCGGGAUAUGAAUCAGUUAUCAGGCGGUCAGAAAUCUCUGGUGGCUCUCACUCUCAUCUUCGCGAUUCAAAAGUGUGACCCAGCCCCGUUCUAUUUGUUUGAUGAGAUUGACGCAGCCCUGGACGCCCAGUACCGAAAAGCGGUCGCAGAUAUGAUUCGGGAUUUAAAAUCAGAGGCACAGUUCAUCACCACCACAUUCAGACCUGAGUUACUGGAAUCCGCGGAGAAAUUCUAUGGUGUGAAGUUUCGUAAUAAGGUCAGUCAUAUAGAAUGCGUGACUAAAGAGGAAGCCCUAGAUUUCGUGGAAGACGAUCAAACACAUGGAUGAGGAUGCUUGUCACAUUACCGUAUAUCCCGCAUUUGUUACUUUUUAUCAUUCCUAGAUAACUUGAUUCCUCUGUUUGUACAUCCCCAUGGUUUUUGACUCACAUGUUUACCUUGUUGUCUUUGUUUCACUUUUUGCGCUGUUAUGCCUGCAGGCAUUUUCUGUAUACACACUGAGGAUUUGCUGUGUAUAAAUUUUCUAUCGCCAGUGAUACUGUACGGAUGAUGAGUGGCCACGUGAGUCCCACAUUGGUAUGAAGCCGGGUCUGUUUUCCUGAAAAUUUAGCUCUAUCAUUGAUAG